GUGCGCAUUUCUGGUUUCUAGCAAUUAUGAGUAUGAGUAAGGAAAGAGGACGACGCGAAAUGUGUAUAAAUUCGCAAAUACUACAGCGUCGUCGUCGUCUUCUACAGUUCUACAACAUCUACACUGCAUCGUUAAAACAUUUUUUCUCAGAACAUUAUCUAAUCGUAUUGAACGUUCGCCAUAUAACAACAAUAAAAAUUUGCACUUCGCGGAGUAAUUAGCGAUACAUAAGAUUAAUACUUUCAUUAAGGUAUUCCAGUAAGCUAAUAUACAAUAACAUUCAAAUUUUUCGAUAUUUCCCGAUAUAUAAAUAGCGAUUGUAUUUGGCCAUCAAUACAUAGUUCUAGAAAUUCGAAAAACGCAACUGUCUAUUAGACUUGGGCACGUAGUUCGUCUCGUUAUUGUUAACAAACUUUUUCGCAAGAGUGAAUGUACAUAAAUGUAUGAAAAUACAUGAGUGACAUAAUAUAUUUGAAAUUUCAAGCGAGAUAAGUCAAUGACUGGUGAUUUUAUGCGUCCAGACCUACGUCACUUGUGGAAAAGCGCGGUCAGGUGGAAUUUCUCUUUGACUAAAUACGAGCAAAUUAACCUUUUGCAAAUUUUCAUUGAUUACCGAUACUCUACCGUCAGCCAAAUGAGCAUCGCUGCCAAAAAAAGUGUUUCUGAGAAUUUAAAUGGACAGAAACUCCACAAUGUGGAAGAAAUUGAAAUACCCGUACCUUGGGGUCACAUAAGUGGCAAAUGGUGGGGUCCCAAAGGGAUCCAACCAAUAGUGGCAUUACAUGGACGCCAAGAUAAUGCUGGAAGUUUUGAUGCUUUGAUUCCAUUAUUAUCUGACGAGAUUUCAGUACUUGCUCUGGACAUGCCUGGUCACGGCUUAUCCUCCCACUAUCCAAAGAGUCAGUACUAUUAUGUUUACUGGGACGGUAUUAUUCUACUACGUAGAAUUAUCAAGUAUUUCAAAUGGCAGAAGAUCAAGUUGCUUGGACAUUCCUUGGGAGGAGCAAUAUCAUUUUUAUAUGCUGCAUCGUAUCCCGACGAAGUAGAGUUCAUGAUAUCUUUAGACAUUGCAAGCCCGAGUGUAAGGGACCCGUCGAAAAUUGCCCCGUUGACUGGUGAUACAAUCGAUAAAUAUUUGAAAUACGAGGCGCUGGAGGCCAGUAACGUUCCGUUAUAUACUUACAACGAAGUGCUAGAUAUCGUAGAAGAUGCUUACAAUGGUUCCGUAAGUAGGGAAGGUGCAAUAGCUCUAAUGAAACGCGGCAUACGUCCAUCCUCCAAUCCAGAGAAAUAUUACUUCUCACGCGAUCCGCGACUGAAGGUUUCUGCAUUAGGCAUGAUGUCGAUGGAUUUGGUACUUGCAUACGCGACUCAAAUAAAAUGCGCGUACCUCAACAUUCGGGCUAUGCCCGGACUGAAACUCGAUCAUCCAGAGAAUUACGACAUAGUUAUGGAUCAAAUAAAGAUGGGUGCUAAAAAAUUUGAAUACCACAAGGUGGAAGGAUCGCAUCACGUACAUUUAAAUAAUCCUGAAAAGAUUGCAUCCAUAAUAGAUAACUUCCUUAGUACUUAAUGAUAACAGAUUUUAGAUGUAACUAAUGAAGAUAUAAAUAGCAGCUAUUAGGCUUACAUUGAAUUUGUCUUAUGCAAGCUACAUUUGUGCUGCAUAUAGAAUUUCGCGUAUUUAACUUAAAACAGUAAUUAUAUAUUGUCGUAUCAUUCGGUAUUAUUUGUAUUGCAUACAAAUGAAUAGAAAUAUUGCAGUAUCUUCCAUAAUGCUUUACAUCAGUAAUUUUCUGUUACUGAGAACCAAUGAGCAACAACGAUUAGCCAUGUGUAUCUGUUACUUAUACAAAGAGAAUUAUUUAUUGAGAUCGUAUUCUAUAUUUUUAAUAUAUCAGUGUUCUCCAUCUUCAUGAAAACAGUACAUUUAAAAACAUGUAUUGUACUUAUCGCUUUACAAGGAAACGCUAUUCUAAUAAUAUCUUGGUGUUUAUAAUCUAGUCGCUAGCGCUUACAAACAAACUUGAAAUUUUUCCAUUUUUCAACUUCCUGAGACAGGCAUACAAAAUACCUCGAAAGUAAUAAAUGUUAACAUAUUUACAAGGACAAUGAACGCUAUUUUUAUAGUGUCUUUAAAGGACAAUUUUUACGUACAGCAGUCAAUAGCGACAACGUAUUAAUUUUUAGUAGCGCAAGUGUGACGGUCUAUACCGCUUUAUACAUUUUAAAAGCGUAACUAAGCGAUAAAUGACGUCAGAGCGAUAGGGUGCUAUCAUUUCGCUUUUUCCAACUGUCUGAAGUAUUCCUUUUUUUAACAUCGGAAAAAUGCGCUCAAAUAUUGCAGCCGAUUCUGUCAAAUAUUUUUGAAAAAUAUCAAUUAUUUAUAAUUUAUUGUAAUAAAUGAUGGUAGUAAAAAGUA